AUGCUUCGAGAUGGAGAAUGCUUCAGAUACUUGGACCUGCUGGCGGUCUUGAAGUAUAGUAUUCAAAACUUGUUCGACAAUGCCGUUGAAAAGGCGUCUGAGAAGAAGAGGACGUUUCUAGACCAUGAUGCGCAGCCUCAAGAGUUUCAUCUCAGGUCCGUCAUGAUCUCAAUUACUUGUUCUACAAACUUAUCAUCAAAAGUAGCAUUAGGCGACAAAGCCUUGGUCCGAAAGAGAAGACGCAAGAUACACAGUCCAGAGAUACGAGCUAUUCUCGAAAAAGAAUUUUCCCUCGAUCCUUCACCAAGCCGAGCUCAUAGAAAAUCCAUUGCAGUCAGAUGUAAUAUGUCUACAUCAGAAGUUCGUAUAUGGUUUGCAAACCGCAGAAAUAGAUUCAAGAGAUACCAAUAA